AUGGCCCCGAACUCCCGCAUCAUUCUCACACGUCAUGCGCAAGCGGAGCACAACGUUGACUUGGACUAUAGCAUCCACGACGCACCGUUGACGGCGCUCGGCAAGAAACAAGCAGCAAGCCUUGCACCUCAAGUAGCAAAGCUGCAACAAGAAGUCGAGCUGGUCGCCACAUCACCACUAGCACGAACAUUGCAAACAACGAAACUCGGCUGGGCACCGGCUGUGGAGCGCCUAGGUAUCCAGAAUGUAGUCUGCCUCCCCCAGGCACAAGAAUGCAACGAUCUCCCAUGCGACACCGGCAGCUCUCGAGAUGUCCUAGAAGCCAACCCAGAGUUUGCCGGCUUCAACUUCUCCACCUUAACGCCGGACUGGACGAGCAAACAAGGCUUCUGGGCGGCAGAUCCCAAGUCCAUUUCCAACCGUGCACGAUGGGUGCGGCAGUGGCUGCGAGCGCGACCGGAGAAAGACAUUGUACUUGUCGCGCAUGGCGACGUCCUACGCAACAUCACUGCUGGUCCGAACGGGCCUAGCAUGUACGGCUGGAAAAACGCCGAGGUCAGGAUCUUCAAGUUUGAUCCGGAGUAUGUUGAUACUGAGGACUGCUUCCUUGACCAGAAGGGUGUGGUGGCAGUCGCUGGUGGGUAUGCGCCGACCUCGACGGAGAUGGAUCUGGUGGGAGGCGACCCAUUCAAGGAGGCGAAUGGUAAGAUGUGA